GGCAGUGCUGCACCACAUUAUUAUUACCCUUAUAGUUUUUCUAAGACGACACAAGCUAACUGCUCACUAGGCUAACAAUGGUAGUGGAAGCAGCAGACUUCUCUGGACUGAUGUGUCUUUUACAACAUAACGACAAACACGUCAAUAACCAAGUUCUGGUUGUCAAUGGUCAUGAUUACAUCAGUGACUAUGACCAUGCCUCCGCCAUCAGUGACUAUGACCACGCCUCCACCAUCAGUGACUAUGACCACGCCCCCGCCAUCAGUGACUAUGACCACGCCCCCGCCAUCAGUGACUAUGACCACGCCUCCGCCAUCAGUGACUAUGACCACGCCCCCGUCAUCAGUGACUAUGACCACGCCCCCGCCAUCAGUGACUACGACCACGCCCCCGUCAUCAGUUACUAUGACCACGCCCCCGUCAUCAGUGACUAUGACCACGCCUAUGAAGUUCAUCAACUCAACUGCACCUGUUUCAUGGACCAAGAAGAACACGUCAUCUGUUACUAUGACCACAACCAGAGGAUGUCUGACAGUGACUCAGCAGGAAGAAAACUGCUGUCAGUGGACUUUGAAAUCUUCGGUCACGUUCAGGGCGUUUGCUUCAGAAUGUACACAGAGAGUGAGGGGCUGCGUCGCGGCCUGGUCGGCUGGGUGAAGAACACCUGCAGUGGGACGGUGGUGGGUCAAGUUCAAGGUCCAGCAGACAAGGUGGAGGACAUGAAGGUGUGGCUGAGUAAAGAAGGAAGUCCGUCAAGUCGCAUCACCAGAGCUUCCUUCACCAACCAGAGAAACAUCGAGAAACUGGAACUGUCGGGGUUUAAAACUCGUUUCUGAACUAAAGAAUCAAACUCAUCCUGAAGAUCUGAACAUGUGAACAUCUGAACAUCAUGUGAACAUCUGAAGAUCUGAACAUCUGAACAUCUGAACAUCAUGUGAAGAUCUGAAGAUCUGAACAUCUGAACAUCUGAACAUCAUCUGAACAUCUGAACAUCAUGUGAACAUCUGAACAUCUGAACAUCAUCUGAACAUCAUCUGAACAUCUGAACAUCAUGUGAACAUCUGAAGAUCUGAACAUCAUCUGAACAUCAUCUGAACAUCUGAACAUCUGAACAUCAUCUGAACAUCUGAACAUCAUGUGAACAUCUGAAGAUCUGAACAUCAUGUGAACAUCUGAAGAUCUGAACAUCUGAACAUCAUCUGAACAUCUGAAUAUCUGAACAUCAUCUGAACAUCUGAACAUCAUCUGAACAUCUGAACAUCAUCUGAACAUCUGAACAUCAUCUGAACAUCUGAACAUCAUCUGAACAUCUGAACAUCUGAACAUCAUGUGAACAUCUGAAGAUCUGAACAUCAUCUGAACAUCUGAACAUCAUCUGAACAUCUGAAGAGCUGAACAUCUGAAGAUCUGAACAUCUGAAGAUCUGAACAUCUGAAGAUCUGAACAUCAUCUGAACAUCUGAAGAUCUGAAGAUCUGAAGAUCUGAAGAUCUGAAGAUCUGAACAUCUGAACAUCUGAACAUCAUGUGAAGAUCUGAAGAUCUGAAGAUCUGAAGAUCUGAACAUCUGAACAUCAUGUGAACAUCUGAACAUCGGAACAUCGGAACAUCAUCUGAACAUCAUCUGAACAUCUGAACAUCAUGCGAACAUCUGAAGAUCUGAACAUCAUCUGAACAUCAUGUGAACAUCUGAAGAUCUGAACAUCAUCUGAACAUCUGAACAUCAUCUGAACAUCUGAACAUCAUGUGAACAUCUGAACAUCUGAACAUCAUCUGAACAUCAUGUGAACAUCUGAAUAUCUGAACAUCAUCUGAACAUCUGAACAUCAUCUGAACAUCUGAACAUCAUCUGAACAUCUGAACAUCAUCUGAAUAUCUGAACAUCUGAACAUCAUGUGAACAUCUGAAGAUCUGAAGAUCUGAAGAUCUGAACAUCUGAACAUCAUCUGAACAUCUGAACAUCAUCUGAAGAGCUGAACAUCUGAAGAUAUGAACAUCAUCCUCAGAUCUGAAGAUCCUGAUUCUAACAAUGAGAUCUGAGAUUGUUUCUUUGUAGGUUCACAUUAAAGGGUUAAAUCACUGAAUUUGUUUGAAACAUUUGUGGAAACACGCUCAGAGCGGGGACACGCCCACUUUUGCAAGAAGACAUGAAGCUCCGUUAGCUAAAGUCAGUGACACAUGACAUCAUCUCACUGCAGUGCAUAAUUGUAUGUAUUUAGUUAUUUUAGUUGUGCAUUAAAAUAAGUUAGUAAUAUUCCUAAUUAAAUGAAUAAAUAAAUAAAGCCAUAUUUUUUGGGCUACCUAAACAUAAUGAAUAAGUCUUAGUCAUACUGUAUUGAUUGUUUGUUUCUCAUUUAUUCAUUCAUUCAUAUUCAUUAUGCAGGGAAUGGCAUGAAGGACACAUCAUUGACCGUGCCAUAGGAGUGUGUAAAAAGGUUUGAAGUUCUUUUUCAUUCAGUUGGAAAAGAAGACGGGAGAUGGUUGCAGUACAGGCUGAGCUCCGCCCACCCACUCACCAGCUCAUCACUGAGUCCUCUACAAGACGGACAUCCAGGCAACAAAUGAUUGACCGUGUCCUGGAGCAGGAGAAGGGAAAGGCACAUGUCCUUGGGUCAGACACCUGAUGCUAAUGUGGUUUUAGAAUCAGUGAAUAAAAAUCUAAAGGAACACAAUGGAGUACAGUGACCCUGACAAAGACCAACCACUGAUGGACCGCAGGUAACCGAAGGCCUACAGUGACCCUGACAAAGACCAACCACUGAUGGACCGCAGGUAACCGAAGGCCUACAGUGACCCUGACAAAGACCAACCACUGAUGGACCGCAGGUAACCGAAGGCCUACAGUGACCCUGACAAAGACCAACCACUGAUGGACCGCAGGUAACCGAAGGCCUACAGUGACCCUGACAAGCUGGAGGUGUCACAGAGCUGCUGUCGCUGUACACCGCAGCCUGGCCCUGCUCUACAGGUGCGUCAUCUGGCUCCUCCCACUCAGAGCUGAGUGUGCAACCUACCUCUUGUCCCCUGACGUAGACCCAGACACUGAUCCACUUCAGUGGUGGAAGUGCCACCAAGCAAACUGGCCAAGAAAUACCUACGAUUGCCCCAUCAGAGAGGGUAUUUAGUGUGGGAGGGGGCAUUGUCACAUGGCAUAGGGCCUGCCCCAAGCCAGAUGCCGGAGACAGACUUGUAUUCCUUGCAAAGAACUUGUAAGAAACAAAUGCACUGAAAGACAUUACAGAAGAACUGAAUAAAAUAGUUUUAUUCAGGGAUGCAGCGUUUGUU